AAAAAAAAAAAAAAAAGAAGGAUUGAUCGACACCAUUCCUGAUCGUGAUCAUGAACAGCAGCUCGUCGGGCAACAGCAACAAUCAACAGAGCGAAAAAGGAUCAGCAAAGGAUACCACCAUGAAAGAACCCACCAUUGUCCCAACAUCAUCAGUUUCCACAAUAGCAACCACAGCUGAAUUCAAAAAACCGCCAGGGACGGGCCCUGUUUCGAUUACCAUGGACGCAUACCACCAAAUUCAGCAAAAGCGGCUAUUGGAACGGCAACAACAAGAACAAUCGAAUCCACCACCAAGACCCAACAAGAUAGUAAGAAUCAAUCGACCCAAGGAUCCUGAGGCUGAAUCGCCUGCAGUGGCCCCAGAAAUGCAGCCAUCGCUGAAUGCACUGGAGCAGAUCGUUAGUAUUGUUCAGGCAACAGUGCCGGCCCUGCCCCUGCCAUCACAGCCACAAGAGGUCCCAAUGCCCGGUCCGGAUCUCGCCAAUAUCAUUUUUGGAAGCGCCCCUUCGACAGCAGCAAACACAGCAGGUAACGCGGCAGAAAAAGCAGCAGAGAACAUUGCAGAAAAGGAUGCGGGACAACAGUCUGGUCCACCAAAGCCAGCAGCAGCACUGGAUGGACAAUCAGGAGGUAAUGGCGGUAGUUAUCAUCGCAAGAGCGUAGGCGGAUCAAGCUCCAAUGCUAGCGGUGCUGUAUCACAAUCACAGCCGAGGACGACUUCACCGCCCACCCCUGUCUCAGGGUCGUCACUGGGGGCUCAUAAGAGUCAGAAUUCGAAGGGACAGAAAUCGAUGCACGCCAUUGAGUUGAUGCGUAUCGCCGCAGAAAUUUUACAACUCCCCCCAACGACAACGGGAUCAGCUCUCAUCUAUUACCAUAAAUAUCGCGCUUACUUGCACCAAGCCCACAAACGAGGCGAUCGCGACAAUGAGGCUACCAAGGCGGAUGAAUAUCUCUUUGCAACGGCAUGUCUGCACCUGGCAUGCAAAUGCACAGAGGUGAGCCGCAAGGUUCGCGAUCUCGUCAACGUUACAUACCGGGUCAUGAACCCCAGCCAACCUGUGCUCUCGCUUUCGAUCAAACCGGGUGAAAAAGAAGUGUCGGUCCAGGAAACAGCGCCAUCGUCUGGAUCAUGCAGUCAGCCAUCGCAACCUACAAAUCUAACAGCACCCCCGCCCACAGUUGCCACAUAUUGGCACAUUCGCGACUCGCUUUUGACAACAGAGCUGAUGCUUCUUCGGAUCCUUCAGUUUGACUUGGAUGUGCCUCUUCCCUUCAGCGAUGUGCUCCGGAUAUACAAAGGAAUGGGCAUGGUUUUCAGCCCGACAGACGAAGAGGCAGCACAUCUAUAUCCGAAUGCCUCUAAUUUUGAUGUCUUUCUACCAGGACCACCAGUCAAAUCGUCGAACUCUACUUCACCUAAUAAGCACGGAACCUCAGCAUCGUCUUCGGUCUUACCCGUCUCGUUGGCGACGCCGCACACGGGAAUCCACCCAACACUGUCAGCGCUCGUUCAGAUCUCGACGACGUUCUGCAUCGACGCCCUUUGUUCAUCCACUAUUGCACUCAACUCUUCGAGCCGCGCUUUGGCCAUGGGCACUAUUUAUCUCGCAGUCCGAUCUGCAGGACUGGAGCUACCAUUGCCGUUUGAGGAGUGGUGUCAUGCAUGGGGCAGGCCCAACAUUGCUACAGGGUUUGGACUUCAGGUGGCGGGUAGCGGCGGGUACGGGAUAGGGUCUCUAGGCAUGGGAGUUGGAAGCAUAGGUUCCGGAGUCGGUUCAAGCGUCUCGGUCGGAGUCAACGGUAUUAUGGGACUCAGCAGCAGCGGUACAAACAAUCUAUUUGUGUUGAGUCCUCGGCCAACGAACGAUAGCACCAUGUUCAUGGAGGGCCUGGAAAUGGCAAAUGUGCUUCCUGGCGCAAAUGGAGGCGAUCCUGUCUAUUCACAGACACACUCACCCCUGGCGGGCAAUUCAAUGGCCUCGCCAUCUGUGCCAGCCUCACUGGAGGGCGUACAAGGACAGCAGGAACCGUCGAACACGCCCUCACAGCAGCCCAUGACCAUUGUGGAUGAGGUUCGCAAGGUGGUGCAAGAACUAGGAAGCUUUUACAAUCGUUAGAAGGAGAUUAAAAGAACUAAUAGAUAGAUGUCUGCUCGACCUUGGUCGUUUUACUUUGUCAAUGGGAUUCUAUUGUGGGGCUCAGAUGC